AUGUCGUCCUGGUUUAUUACUCUGAAUAUCCUUCUUCUUUUAUCAUCAACUGUUUUACAAGCUCGCUUUCGAAUCAAUUCAAAACGGCGAUACCCAAUGUCAACCAAACCUUUUGUUCCGCCACCGUAUCCAUUCGAUGACAACUCGUAUCAUGCAUCUGAAGACGAUGAUUCUUUGACAGAAUCGCACUCAACAACAAUGUCAACGACAACAGCACGAACAAAGAAUCGUGCGAGUGAUGAACAAGUUCAACAAUUUACUCGUCUCAUCUUCGAACGUCUAAACUUAAAAGAACCACCUAAUGUCACCAUGCAUGUUCAUGAUGGUACUGGCAUUCCAUCACCCCUUGUCAAGCAACUUGAAGAGCAUCCUAAGCAUCAUGACGAAGAAGACCGUAUAUCUUCUCAACAGAAGUAUCAUGAUGAUAUUCAACCAACAACGGAACGUGCUAUCUUACCUGGCGAAUUCAUCCCAAGUCAUACUUGUCAACGACAACUAUCAGUCAAAUUCAGUUUGAACAAGGAAACAGCUAACAAUAUCGACUGUUUUCGGUUUGCUAAAUCACCUAUGGAGUCGAAAAGUUUACCAACAAAUCAAAUCAUCACACAAUUACGCAUUUACGUGAAAAAGAAUUACUUUCACAACAAUCCGCAACUGGAAGAUAAAUUAACGGGAGACAUGUUUCAAAUCUACCAAGUUUUUCGACCAACAUCAAAUGAAACGUUAGCAAAUCCAUUUCAAAGUCUCACAGGAACCAUCCGUUUAGCUAUCAGCGAAGUCAAAGAACUGAAUGACAAAUGGCUCGAGUUGACUAUCGAUCCACGCAAUGGACAAAUAAGCAUCCAACAAAUCUAUAAGCAAUUCAUCAUGCCAUGGUAUGGCUUGGCAAUCAAUCGUGAACUUCAAACACCAUCAUCGUCACAAGCAUGGGCAUCCUACUAUCGUCGAUACUACUCCAAAAAGAGUUUCGAUAGCUUCUUACGUUCAAAUCCGGAUGAAGAUUAUGGUAAAGAUUCUUCUAAACAAUUGCCAUAUAUGCUGGUUGAAUAUGGUGAAAAGAUUGCGCCGGCUCCUGGAAAUCGCGCAACGCGCGGAGUUAGAAAGGUUCGUCCACCUCAAACAUGUGAUCCUAAAAGUCCAUGUUGUCGACGUCCACUGACAAUCGACCUCGAUCAAGGCAACAAUGCACUGAAUUUCGUCAUCUACCCACGAAAGAUUGAUAUCGGAGAAUGCGUUGGUCUCUGCGGCACAAGUGGCUCAUCACUUAAAUUUACUGAUGUUAAAAAUGCCCAGGUGAAAAACGAACAAAAUGCAGCACAUAACCUUCUCUUACUACAUCACAAUGGUUAUUAUCACAAGAAUACAACGUCGCAUGAAAACAAAAGCGAUCAACAAUCGUCAAACUGCUGUUCUUAUUCGCGCACAGGUGGCCUCGAACUUAUGUAUUCAACUACAAAUGGUGGACCUAUCCUACGUAAAUUUAUACCAGGUAUAAUCGUUGAAGAAUGCAGAUGUGGAUUACCGGCUACAAUUCAACAAGUCUAG